CUUCUCAGGGUUCGCCUUCCAAGAACUACUGCCACACCCUUUGCCUCUCUACCGGCUAGUUUCCUUCUACCACGCUCCUGUUCUCUCAGAUCUACGGCGACAAUAAAUGGACGAAAUUCAGAUCAAAGGCGCCGCCGGCGAGGAAGAAAUCGGAGACGACUUCUACGAGAAGAUCGAGGCUCCUAAGUUCGUGGACCUCACCGCACCCGAUCGUUGCCGCACCGACAACGAGGACCGUUACUGGUUCUGCCACCGUGUAGGAUGUGAUCAGAAGCAUGAAGAAGAAAUGGAUUCUGAAGCCAUUUAUAAGAAUUUUGUUCUUCGGGUUAUGGCAGCUAGGAGUCCAAGUGUUCGGCUUCGAAAAGCUCUUAAAGAUACAAGUUCAAAUUUGCAAUGUCCACGUACUGUUCCUGCUAAAUCUUCAAAGUCUAGAGUGUCAAGAUUGGCCAUGAUUUCAUCAAUUUCACAGAAGAUGGGUGACGCCAAAGCGAAAGUUAGACUUGUUCCUAAGCAGAAUGCAACCACCCCAAAUGUUAGGGCAGCAAAGCAAGCAUCUGCUAAAGCCUUGACUACUCCAAGGAACAAAAAGUGUCUCUCAAAUCCAGGUACUUUUAGUCUUCGGAACCCCAAACCGACUACCAUUGAGGUACCAAAGAGUAGAGUGGCGGCCAAGGCUUUGGUUUUUCAUUCUCCAAAGAAGGCAGUGAAGUUGAAGAAGUCUGUAGAAUUGAGUAGUUCCUUAAGAAAGAUAUGUGCAGGGAUGAAGAAGCUUGAUAUCACUGAUGCAAGUAAGAAGAAUGCAUUGGGGUGUAAUAGACCUUUAGAUACUUCAAGGAAACAACUAAGAGGAAGAGAGGUUAAAAGCCGGGUAUAUGAUUCUUUGAAUUCUCAGAAUCAGAAGAACAAGGAAGCUAAAUCUUUAAAAUGUUUGAAGAAAAAGAACAAGGAAAAAGACUUGCAGUUGUCCAGGGGGCCUAUGUCUCAUGAACGGAAUGAAAGGGACUCAACUGACAAGGAGAUUGAGGCGAAAUCGAAGGAUGGCUCUUUGGAAGUUUGCUCUACAUCAGGUACUUGUACGAACCCUUCAGAGAGCUUGGAGCAAACCAUAGAUGAGAAAGUCAAAAUUUCAUCCCUGUCAAAUUCUGGAGACAAUGAUGCUCCCAAAUCCCAAACUGGAGGGCACAAUGAAAGCAAUGAAAGGAUCAGCCCCGAAGAGAAUAUUGAACCAUGUUCAAAGGACAAGGAAAUCCCUGAAGCCGAGGAGAGUGAUGACAAAGAAAAUGCUUUGGCCUCUCACUCUAAAUCAAGUGAAAGCAAAGUCAUGGAAAAUGAAGAUAAGGAAAACACAUCAGCUUCUGAUGAAAACAGAAAAUUGAAUUGCACCACGGGAAAGUUGGUGAAAAAGGAUGUUCUUGGCAAGCAUGAGAUUUCCAAAAGCAUUCAAAAGGUAAACAAAUUAAUGAACAAGACAUUAAAAGUGAACUCCGCAUCUGCAGUCAACAGCGCUCAAGGGAUGAAGUACAGAAAACCUAAGCCCACAAAUCCGAAGCCUUUUCGGCUUAGAACUGAUGAAAGAGGAAUUUUGAAGGAAGCAAACUUGGAGAAGAAACAUUUUCAAGCACCUUUGAAAGAAACAACCACCGUUCCAGGAUCCCAAGCUGGAAACUUAUGGAGAAAACAUCAGAAUGUACAAAGAAAUGAAAAGUGCCUUGGACAAACUGAAACUGUUAAUUGUGCACUUGAAGGAACUGACAAUGAAUCAGAUACAAGAACACUAAAGGAUCUACCACAAACUAUGAAAACCUCAUGCUCGAGGAUUUCGAAAGGAGCUAUAGACAGAAAGCUUUCUACCACUCCACAGAAACGUACUGUGCCUAUGCAUCAGAAAACCAAAUUGGAAAAGACAGCUCAAAAAUCCGAGGGUACAUUGGAAAAGAUAAAAUCACCAUCUAUCAAACCACUAGUGAGACCACGAGGGGUUGCAUCAAGUAGGAAGACAUUGGUUUCAAACAUGAAACCGGGUCAACUUGGUGUAAUAAAGGAAACGUCACCUAGAAUGUCCAGAACCAAGGAAACAUCAGACCCUGACGAGAGUGGAACUUCCUUAGCUACUAAACCUCAGGGAAGAAGGCAUACAACCAUUCCCAAGGAACCCAACUUCCAUAGCAUUCAUGUGCCAAAAAGCUGCACAAGGAGAGUAUUGUAGUGCACCUGUAUCAUAAUCGUCAACCCUGUUUUCGUUGAAUUAGAUUUGCUUGCUGUGUUUUUAUUUACAUUAUCAUAAUCUUAAGGGAAAUAUUAAAUUCCUUUAAUGUAAUUGUUUGUAAGCUGUAACAUUUGUGAUACAAGAAUGAUUUGUAUUAAUUCAUUUACAAGAUAUAAAUAUUUUUAUUUGUGUCA